AUGUGGAUUACAAUCGUUUCUAUUCUUUUCGCUGUUGGUUUUGCUCAACAUCAUGGAGAUCGAAGAGGAAUGGGAAUGGAUGAAGGUAGAGGAGGUCGAUUCCAUGGAUCUGCCGGAUUCGGGGGCGAAGGCUCAGACUUUCCCUCACCUUCCGCAUUUCUGCCAGCCGAUCAACAAGAUGAAUCCAGAUUUGAGGGUUUGCCAGGUGCGCCACCUCAACAACCACCAAUGAACUUCCCCCAACCGCCACCAAAUUCAAAGCCGGGAUUUGGAGGUGAUCAAGGACCACAACAACCUUUGAUGAACAAUCAACCACCAGCAAAUCAAGGACCCCAAGGACAACCUGGAUUUGGAGGUCAACAAGGGCCAAUGAACAAUGAAGGACCGUCAAGAAAUGCAGGAUUUGGAGGCUCCGAAUUCCCGGCACCGAUGAUACAACCCGUUCCACAGCCAUCACCCGGAUUUGGUGCCUUCCAGCAGUUGCCUUCGAAUUCCCCUCAGCCUCAGCCAAAGCCGGUGUUCAACGUUUGUUCGUCAAAAGAGCAAUGGGUUGGGCCAUGCGCAUCGCGUUGUGAGCCGUCAUGUGCGAUUCCCGUUCCACAGAUAUGCACCGCUGAUUGUUUCCAAGGCUGCCAAUGUCAUCAAGGACUUUUCCGCCAAGCCGACGGAACUUGUGACACGAUGGACGCUUGCAAUGGGAAUCAAGGAAAAGGUUUUAAAGCUUGUGGUAUGAACGAGGAAUGGGUGACGUGUGGAACACGAUGUGAGCCCUCUUGUGACAAUCCGAAUCCACAGCUUUGCAAUUUUGCUUGCUUCCAAGGAUGUCAAUGUCUUCGCGGAUUUUUGAGACAAUCCGAUGGAAGCUGUGGUUUCCAGCAACAAUGCUUCGAUAAUCAAGAAAAUGGAGCCGAUUUUGGAGGCGAUAUGGGCGGAAAUAUGGGAAAA